GAUAACCUAUCUUCUUUUCGAUUGGUUUUUACUAGUUUUUCCGUAAUAAUUGCCUAAAUAACUAAAUAAUUAACAUGGUAACACUAUUAAAAACCCAAACCGCCUUUGAAGACGCCAUAAAGGCCCCUGUUAUUUCCGUAGUACAUUUCCAAGCAGAAUGGGCGGAUCAGUGUAUUCACAUAAACCAACUGUUAGAAGCUUUAUCCUCCCAAUCAAAUUACUCAAACCUUAAAUUUUACUCUUGCCCUGCAGAAGAACUUUCUGAAGUAUCUGCCAAAUAUAACAUUGAAGCUGUUCCUACAUUGAUACUAUUUCGGUCUGGUAAGAGUUUAGAAGUUAUACACGGUGCAAAUACUGAAAAAAUUACGGAAAUAUUACAAAAAUACAAUGGAUUAUCUGUUGGUGACCAGAAUAUUCCUUUGAAUGAAAGACUGAAGGCAUUAAUAAACAAGGGAAAAGUAAUGCUUUUUAUGAAAGGAGACCGUAAUGUACCUCGAUGUGGUUUCAGCAAGCAAAUAAUAGCUAUAUUAAAUGAUAUUAGUAUUCCAUAUGAAACAUUUGACAUUUUGAGUGAUGAAGAGGUCCGACAAGGUUUAAAAACAUAUUCCAACUGGCCCACAUAUCCACAGCUAUAUGUGAAAGGUGAAUUGAUAGGUGGCCUUGAUAUAAUCAAAGAAAUGUUGGAAUCUGGAGAACUUCUAGCUACUUUAAAGGAUUAGACUUUGGUUUACUCUCUAAUUAUUUAUAUUUUAAUUAUUUUGGAAUCAAUAGUUACUCACUUAAUUUGUAAAAAAAAAGACGAGAACCUUUUAAAU